UGCCACCCCACACCUCUCCAUGCGUGUCUCCUGCAACCAAUGAAAUAGACAGCCUGGGCAGAAACGUGUUUCAAAGAACACAGCGUGACGACCAAGUUGGCCUUUCCAUCGAAGAUGAGUUGUUUCUUGACCUCAUGGAUAAGGAAGUCUACAAGGACAACGCAAACUGCUGGGUAGCACCGCUGCCAUUCAGGCCAAAUAGGCAGCGCCUGCCCAACAACAGACAGCAUGCUGUCAACCGUCUCGCCUCCCUCCGUCGCAUGCUGGAGAAGAAAAGUGCCAUGAAAGAACAGUUCUUCAACUUCAUGCAAGCCAUGUUUGACGCAGAUCAAGCAGAGCCUGCUCCAGAGCUGAGGCCUCAACAAGAGUGCUGGUACCUACCAAUAUUCGGUGUUUAUCACCCACAGAAAAAGGACCAGAUACGGGUAGUGUUUGAUUCCAGUGCGAAGCACGAAGGUACCUCCCUCAAUGACGUCCUUCUCAGUGGGCCUGACAUGAACAACACCUUACUGGGGGUCCUGAUGCGCUUCCGCAGAGAGCCUGUAGCAGUAACAGCCGAUGUGCAGCAGAUGUUCUACUGCUUCAUUGUCCAGAAAGAGCAUCGAGAUUUUCUGAGAUUUUUGUGGUUUGAAGAUAACAACCCAACCAAACGCAUCACUGAGUACCGGAUGAAGGUACAUGUUUUCGGCAACUCUCCUUCCCCUGCGGUAGCCAUCUACAGCCUGAGAAAAGCAUCCCUGCAUGGAGAAAAGGAACACGGCAGCGAAGCCAGACAGUUUGUCAUGAGAAACUUCUAUGUUGAUGAUGGGCUAUCCUCAUUCCCCACUGAAGAAAAGGCCAUUGCCGUCCUGCAAAGUACAAAAGAAAUGUUAGCAGAGUCAAGCAUUAAGCUACACAAAAUAGCCUCUAACAGCCGCACUGUGAUGGAUGCCUUUCCGCCUGAGGAGCGGGCCAAAAACUUAGUGGAUCUGGAGCUAACUGCUGACCCCUUGCCACUGCAGCGCAGCUUGGGACUCACCUGGAACUUGCAGUCAGACACAUUCACUUUCCGUGUAUCCAGAGAGAAGAAGCCAUUUACUAGAAGGGGAAUCCUGUCUACUGCAAAUGGGCUUUACGACCCCCUGGGCUACGUGGCACCUGUCACAAUUCAAGGAAAGGCCUUAGUCAGGGAGCUGUCUGCCGAACAAGCUGAAUGGGAUGCUCCUCUGCCAGCGCUAAAAGAGGAACAGUGGAAAAUGUGGACCGACUCACUCCAUGAGCUUGAGCAGCUUCAGAUUGAAAGAACCUAUGUGCCUUUUUCUUUGUGCUCCACCAAACAUAGAGAACUCUGUGUCUUCUCUGAUGCUUCCACUAUGGCCAUAUCAGCAGUGGCCUAUCUUAAAGCAACAGAUGAAAAUGGACACACUCACAUUGGAUUCGUCAUGGGCAAGUCAAAGCUGGCACCUCAUCCUCCACACACUGUACCACGGCUCGAACUUUGUGGUGCUGUCUUGGCUGUUGAAAUGGCAGAGUUAAUCACAGAAGAACUCGACACAGACAUCCACAAGGUCACAUUCUACACAGACAGCCGAAUCGUAUUGGGCUACAUCAACAACGAUAACAGACGAUUUUAUGUAUACGUAACCAACAGAGUCACUCGCAUCAGGAAGUCCACAAGCCCUGAACAGUGGCACUUUGUCAGCACUGAACACAACCCUGCAGACCAUGGAACUCGUUCAGUGCCAGCAGCCAUGUUGAAAGACACCAACUGGCUCAAAGGUCCAGCUUUCUUAGCCAAAGACACCCCACAGCCAGAGGCAUUUGGGCUAAUCGACCCUGAAGCGGACAUAGACAUACGUCCACAGGUCCAAGCCUUCAUAACCAAGGCCUUUGAAUGUCAGCUGGGGUCAAACCGAUUUGAACGCUUCUCCAGCUGGAAGUCACUCAGUCGAGCCGUUACCAAGCUCAUACACAAGGCCAGGUCCUACACAAAGGACUCAAUCAACAAUAUGAAUGAGAUGACACAAGCAAAACUAAUAAUCGUCAGAAAUGCUCAACACGAUGCGUUUGCUGAGGAGAUGAAAUGCCUUUCCAGAGGUGAAGUUGUCCCAAAGUCCAGUCUUCUAAGGAAACUGAAUCCAAUUGUGGACGCAGACGGCCUGCUAAGAGUUGGAGGACGGAUUCCUUUGGCCGACUUACCUUGGGAAGAGAAACACCCAAUCAUCGUCCCCAAAAAGCACCACGUAGCAACCUUAUUGGUGAGGCAUUACCAUGAAAAGGUUGCUCAUCAGGGAAGACACCUGACAGAGGGCGCUGUUCGCUCUGCUGGACUGUGGCUGAUUGGAGGCAAGAGACUGGUGUCAAGCAUCAUUCACAAGUGUGUAACCUGUAACAAGCUGAGAGGAAAAAUGGAAGAACAAAUAAUGUCAAACCUACCUGCUGAACGGCUUGAAGCAGGCCCCCCGUUCACAAAUGUAGGUGUUGAUGUGUUCGGUCCAUGGACCAUAAGCACAAGGCGCACGCGAGGUGGCAUAGCAGAAAAUAAACGUUGGGCUGUCAUCUUUACUUGCAUGGUCACAAGAGCAGUACAUAUCGAAGUGCUAGAGUCUCUGUCCUCCUCAAGCUUUGUUAAUGCACUAAGGAGAUUCACAGCUGUCCGUGGCCCUGUCCGCCUGUUCCGUUCUGACAGAGGAACAAACUUCAUAGGCGCAUGCAAGGAACUGCAGAUCAAAUCUGGUGACCAUGAACUGACUACUUACCUUGAAGACCAAAGCAGCACCUGGACCUUUAACCCUCCACACUCUUCCCAUAUGGGUGGAGUGUGGGAACGGAUGAUGGGCAUUGCCCGCAGAAUACUGGAUGCACUGCUUUUAAAGACAAACACUGCCCGUCUGUCUCAUGAAGUUUUGGUCACACUCAUGUCUGAAGUCAUGGCCAUUAUGAACGGCAGACCCCUUGUUCCAGUGUCAUCUGAUCCAGACAUGCCUACAGUCCUUACACCUUCCAUGCUGCUAACACAGAAAGUCAACCCAGUGCUUCCACCCACUGGAGAGUACGACCUUAAAGACUUAUACAUCAAGCAGUGGAAGCAGGUACAGGCGUUGGCCGACGCAUUCUGGAAACGCUGGCGUCAAGAAUACUUGGUUUCCCUCCAGCCAAGGAGAAAGUGGCACGUUGAAAAGCCAAACCUCAGCGAAGGAGAUGUUGUGCUGCUCAAGGAUGCACAGGGCAAGCGGAAUGAAUGGCCUGUCGGAGUGGUGUUGAAUGCCAUUCCCAGCAAAGACUCUAAAGUUCGCAAAGUAGAUGUGAGGGUGGUCAGACAGGGUACUCAACGGGUUUAUUCUAGACCAGUCUCUGAAGUUGUUCUACUUGUAAAAGGGGAAUAGUGUCAUAACGCAUUAUAACAAGCGGGGAGUGUGCUGUUCUGAUGUUUAUUUGGUGAAAGGGAGACCCCUAGUGGUCAACUUUUAACGCAAUGUUUUUGUACUAGCAGUCCUGCCGUAGUUCGACGAUGCAUGUGAACCAACAGUCACGUACUUUUUCUCUUUUGUAUUGGUUGGCCAGAAAACACGUUUGCCUUUUUACAGUGCUUACCAAGUAAAGUUUGGAAAGGAAACAAGCUGCUUCAUUCUUUAUAAGGGAAAACUGUUAUCUAUCUGCCGAGCUGACGCAACAGGCUAGUUCGCGCCACACA